UCAGAACACUUCAGUUAAAUGUCAUGUGUCAAUUGUACUCAGAUUUGUAAAUGUAAAUUGUGAUCUAUCAUUUUAAUUAAAUUAAUAUUUAUUACUUAUUUUAUGUAUAGAAAUCAUCAAAAAUGACUCUUUACCAUUUCGGCAAUUGUUUAGCAUUAGUUUAUGCGCCAUAUCAUAUGGCUUACAAGUAUUCUGGAAUAUCUGAAUAUGCUACGUUGUCGAAAUGUGUGUAUGCCGGUGGACUAUAUAUUUUCACUCAGCUGUGCAAAAUGUUACUUCUAGCAACGUUCUUCCCAGAUUACGAUAACACACAAGUUAAUGGAGAAUACGACGUUCUUUUAGAAAUUCUUAAAGCUACAGUGGACUUAGCAGAUUUACUGGGUCUGUACUUUGCCAUCAACUCUGUGCCUGGGAAGGGACAUGCAAAGAUUCUCACUGCAGCUAUAGGCUGGGCUAGUGCAGAAGUGAUUGUCACCCGCAGUGUGCUCCUAUGGGUGGGCGCGCGCGGCUCCGAAUUCGACUGGCGAUAUGUUCGCUCCUGCGCCGAGUCAAAUGUAGCGCUCCUGCAGCACGCCUCCACCGCAGCUCUAGUAUGGCUGUGGACUCGCAGCGAUCUACCCAAGAAACAUUCCCCCAUAGUCAUCACCCUCCUUGCUCUAUCUCCAUACAGAAGUUUAAUAGAAGAUGCAAUUGCCAGCGUGCUGUCUCUCAGUGCUUGGGCGCUGUUAGCAGUACGAGCUGCACAUGCAUCUGUAGUAGGUCUCACUGCAUUAGCGAUGUAUGCAGUAUUAGCUCAACAGAUUGGAAUUUAAUUGGUUAUGUAAUGAAAAGAGUGCAUGUUAGUUUAUCUGGUGUAUGUGUAAGUUAUAAUAAAGAUGUGUUGUGGCUAGAAUGCAGUUUAAA